UUUCAGGGUUUCGUGCCGGGCAUGUUCGGCGUGUCGCACGGCGCGCUGCAGUUCAUGGCAUACGAGGAGAUGAAGAACAGGUACAACCAGUACAGGAACCUGCCCAUCGACAUUAAACUGACGUCGCUGGAGUACCUGACGUUCGCGGCGGUGUCGAAGCUGCUGGCGGCGGGCGCGACGUACCCGUACCAGGUGGUGCGCGCGCGGCUGCAGCACCGCGGCGCGCGCUACCGCGGCGCGUGGCACUGCGUGCGCGACACCUGGAGGUACGAGGGCUGUCGCGGAUUCUACAAGGGUCUGAAGCCGAGCCUGGUCCGCGUGGUGCCUGCGACCAUGGUCACCUUCCUCACAUACGAGAACGUGUCGCACUAUAUGCUCAAACGCUCUGAGCUAAACGCUUCUUACGCCGGCACGUAGAGCUUACAUUUGAUAGCUCAGG